GUAUUUUUAUCUUCUUUAAGUUUCUUUACAACCGAAAACUCUCUCUUCUCCGUUUCAUUCCAUUGAUGAACGCCCCCCACAAUCUGCAAGUGAAAAUGGAAACGAGAGCCGCUCGCGCCCAACUUACAGGGAAGAGUCUCCCACGUCUUCUUCUUCUCUCACACCCUUCUUUAAUUCGCUCUGGGGAUACAUUUGAAGGGAAUGUUUCUGGCGUGAUCCCACAAUGCCAGCCUAAAACCCACGACCCGGAGAUCAAAUUUCUUGAUUUUGAUGAACACAGCCCCGUGGGUUGUGUCAAGAGGUGCGGAGAUUUCUGCGAAAUGUAUAAUCAGAAGGCUGAUGAUUCUGAGAUAGAUUCUUUGGGACUCUGCGAGAAGGGUCAGAUCAAGAAUCCGUUUGCAGGGUAUGUGUUCGAUGAAAUGCGCAGGAGACUGUACCCUUCAAACACGAUCGUAGAGGGAGGAGGAGAGUUCUGCAGAGAAUUUUCCAAGAAUCAGGACCAAGAUGGGUUCUUGAAUUGUAAAAAGGAAGAGCUGCCAAUGGUUAAAGAUCUGAAGCUCUGUUCCUACUGCAAGCAGAAAUGGCAGAAUGGUCACAAGUGCAGGGGAACUCUGAAUGCUGUGUCUGGGAAUGAAGAAACUGAACAAGUGUCUGAAGCGGAGGCUCCGGUGGCUAUGGGCCAUAACACCAUAAGAUUGGUGGGGAAUGUCAGCGGCAAAUCAAUGGUUAUUCUGAUAGACAGUGGGAGCACACACAGUUUCUUGGACCCCGAAAUUGUGAAGGAUCUGAAUCUGAGUUUCGUAGAGACUGAGCCACUCAAUGUGAUUGUGGCUAAUGGAACUGAACUGAGCUGUAAAUUUGCCUGCCCCAAGUUCAAAUGGACUGUUGAAGGAGAACCCUUUGAGAUGGACAUGAGGCUACUGAGGAUGGGUGGUUGUGACAUGGUUCUUGGAAUGGAUUGGGUUGCCAAGUUUGCCCCUGUCGAGCUGACCACCAGACCCCUCAGUGUAGCGUUCGUGAAGGGGGGCAGAAGGGUCCAACUCCAUGGGAUUCCACCAAGCUGAGGAGCACUUGAACACUCUGUGGGUUAGUAUGCUGGCUGCCAUUGUAUAGAGUCAAGAUCAUGAAUUUCUAGCUGCAUUUUAAUUCAUAUAGUUUGGGUUCUUGUUUGAUAUGUUUCCCUUUCAUUCAUUUCUUUUUUUAUAGUAUGGGACCUUAGAGAUAAAUCUCCUGUAAAUGCAGUUGAUCUUGUGUUGAAGAAACUAUUGUAAUGAAUAAUGGUGAAGGGU